ACAGUUUCGGUUUUUGUGUAAAUACGGAUGAGGAAUGUUGGCAAUGCCUGGAUCACUUUAGAGGGGUCUCAGAAAUCACGGAAAGCAGCAGCGUGCUCUUGCUACUACACCGAUUUCUUUCUGAAUUAUUCACGUACUGUCUGGAUAAGUAGAUAGAGCCUUAGAAAAUUUUAUGAGAAAGUUGUGUGUUAUAUGGAGACCAAAGCUAAUCGGAAAUGAAGAACAGUCACGUAAACAUGGAUCGGUGUAAUCCAGCCAAUGGGUGUAAGAAGUUUAAACGAAAGGUUCAGGAUUCUGUUAAACGCGAGGAAAAGAGAUCACAUGGCUUUAAAAAAAACUUCAACUCAGUGGGACAUUUGGUGAGCGAAGUUUAUGGAACAACACGUGAAAAGAAGUUACAGCCUUUUCAUCCAGCUGAAGAAUACAUACGACAACCGGACAUUUUAAAUACAGCUCUUGACAUGAAAAUGUAUACUUUGCCAUCACUGACUAGGAAUGAAACGGAAACACCAUCGUGGUCAAUUUCAAAAACACCAGUUAAAAACAGAAACGACACAGCAUCCGUAGAAGUUUCAGUCUUCGACAAUCAGCAAGCAUUUUCAAGAAACUGCCCUCCACAAUCACGUAUUCUGUUGUGCAAACGCUCUGAAAUGUCUUUCUGCUCGACCUCUCGCGGUUCAUACCUCCAUAACAGUGUUGACCCUACCGACUCAGUUAUUAGGAAACCAUCUGAAGAGCAAUCGGCUGGCGUUGUCACAGAGAUCAAAGCAAUUCAGCAGACAAGAAGACUCCUAGCAAAUGCUAGAGAGAGGACCAGGGUCCAUACAAUCAGUGCCGCAUUUGAAGCUCUACGAAAGCAGGUGCCUUGCUACUCCUAUGGACAGAAGCUUUCCAAGCUGGCUAUAUUAAGAAUUGCUUGCAACUAUAUCCUGUCACUGGCACAACUUGUGGAUCUGGAUUAUACACCAGACCAUAGCAACAUGAGUUUCCGAGAGUGUGUUGAGCAGUGCACCCGAACCUUGCAGGCUGAGGGUCGUGCCAAGAAGAGAAAGGAAUAAAAUGAAGACUCUGGCUUAGAAGAAAGAAGAACUUCACCACAGAAUGUUUAAGACAAGGACAUAAUCUACACUGAUGCAUCUUUACACUUGAAGUGUUAUGUCACAAAAAAUUAUAUAUAUAUAUAUAUAUAUAUAUAUAUAUAUAUAUAUAUAUAUAUAUAUAUAUAUACAUACACACACACACUGUGUGCACAAUUAUUAGGCAAGUUGUAUUUUUGAGGAUUACUUUUGUUAUUGUACAACUAUAGUGCUCUUGGUCAAUCCAAAAUGUUAACAAACCCUCAGACCUGAAAAUUUAAGUAGUAAAAGUAAGUUUUGGCUUUCUUAAGAGAUAUAGUACACCGUUAUUAGGCAACUAUUAGUGUGCAGAAUUAUUCAUUCAUUCAUUUUCUACCGCUUAUCCGAACUACUCGGGUCACGGGGAGCCUGUGCCUAUGUCAGGCGUCAUCGGGCAUCAAGGCAGAAUACACCCUGGACAGAGUGCCAACCCAUCGCAGGGCACACACACACUCUCAUUCACUCACGCAAUCACACACUACAGACAAUUUUCCAGAGAUGCCAAUCAACCUACCAUGCAUGUCUUUGGACCGGGGGAGGAAACCCCCGAGGCACGGGGAGAACAUGCAAACUCCACGCACGCAAGGCGGAGGCGGGAAUCGAAACCCCAACCCUGGAGGUGUGAGGCGAACGUGCUAACCACUAAGCCACCGUGCCCCCCGUGCAGAAUUAUUAUGCAACUAAAUAAAAAACAAAGAUUUUCUUAUCUCACUUUUCACCUGUUAAAGUGACAAUAAUAAACAAACUCAAUUUACAAAUAAACAUUUCUGAAAUUUCAAAAAAA